UCCUUAUUAUUCCCAUUGCACCGCCACUCGUUCUUCGUUCUUUAAAGACAGUCCAAACCUCCGUCACUGAAAACCCCCUUCUGGAUCGCCGGAGGGGGUGGUGUUUAGCAACAGAUUUCGACAAAAUCCUUAUUCUCGACCCGCAUUGUUAUCUGAAGUCAGAAGUCAGAAGUCAGAAGUAUAAUCGGUGACAAGAUGGUUGCUCAGGGCUUUACUGUGGAUAUGAAUAAACCACUUGUCUUUCAGGUCGGUCAUCUUGGAGAAGCUUACCAGGAUUGGGUGCAUCAGCCUAUUCCUGGCAAAGAAAGCCCUCGAUUUUUUGAAAGUGAUUUCUGGGAGUUCUUGACUCGCACUGCCUGGUGGGUGAUUCCCAUCAUUUGGCUGCCAGUUGUGUUCUGGUCCAUUUCCAAGUCUGUAAAAAUGGGCCACACGUAUCCACAGAUAGCUCUACUGGUGGCGGUUGGUAUUUUCAUCUGGACGUUGCUUGAAUACACACUACACCGUUUCCUUUUCCACAUCAAAACAAAGAGCUAUUGGGGAAACACCUUGCAUUAUCUUCUUCAUGGCUGCCAUCAUAAGCACCCUAUGGACGGCUUGCGUCUUGUUUUUCCUCCUGCUGCAACAGCUAUUCUUUUAAUACCAUUCUGGAACUUGGUUAAAUUUAUUUUCACGCAUUCUACAUCUCCUGCUCUGUUUGGAGGUGGUUUAUUGGGUUACGUGAUGUAUGAUGUUACACAUUACUACCUUCACCAUGGUCAGCCAUCAAUGGAGUUGCAGAGAAAUCUUAAGAGAUACCAUUUAAAUCAUCACUUCCGGAUCCAAACUAAAGGCUUUGGAAUAACUUCAUCGUUGUGGGAUAGGGUGUUUGGAACACUUCCUCAAACAAAAGCUGCUAGUAAAAGCUCGUAAAUUAAUUGCAAGGUUCGCAUCUUUAAUUGGUUAUGACUAUAGCUAGUUUGGGGGCGUUUAAGUAUUUUAAGUAUAUUUUUCUUGGUAAACAUUCUUUUUUUCUUCUGUGUCCUCUCUUUAGGCGAUAGUAUGUUUAAAUGAUUUAUUUGAUGAUUCUCAUGUGGCUAGUAUCAAUUUUGUGGUGCCCUUUUCCUACAAAGAAAAAAUUCUGUAUAAAUUUAAUCACUCAAAAUCAUUUGUUUAUUUAGUAGGAAAUAUUCUAGUUGGUUUCUUGUACAAUGGAGAUUUAUAUGGUUUAUUAGGGUAAUGAAUGUAAACUAAUAAUAUGGUGGUCCACGUAUGCA